GCUAUUGAAAGCAGUAUGGUUUCUAUUAUUCCCAAAAACCACCACUUGGCUAUUGGGUCUGCCAAAUAUCUUGAACGUUCUGAACAUGUGGUAACUCUAUUGUUGUAUCUACUCCUCCCAAGUAAUCUUUUAACCGAAACCUGUAUGUUCUUUUAUUAUUGGAAAUUCUAAAUCAAGAAGCUAAGUUAACAAUCAGAGAACAUGAAUAACUCCUUCAUCAUCUAAUGGGUUCUUUUAUUCUUUAGAUCCAAUAGUAUAGAGUAAGAUCGCACCUUAACAGAACAAGUAGACACCCUGUACAAACCCUUAAAGUUAAUUUAGUUAAAAAUGAGAGAUAACUGGGAACAAGUAAUAAUGGAUUAAUUGGCUAAUAUAACUGUUUAUUCAUAGCCACUUUCUAAUUACAGUGAUUCAAUUCUUCCAUUUGU